AUGGGCUCAAUUCAGCCAACCUCUGACCCUAUACCCCCCACUCAGACGGUAGCCCUGGUCUCUGAGCUAGGUGGGGAAGUCGAGUUCCGUGAUGGAUAUCCCGUUCCUACUCCAGGACAGAACGAAGUCCUAGCAAAGGUUCUGUACACUGGGGUCUGCCAGAGUGACUUACAUACGAAGAACGGCACCGCAGCUGGUCCGUCUGGUGACCCCAUAACUAAGAUCAAAAUGCCCCAUGUUGGCGGACACGAAGGUGUCGGCCGGAUCGUGGCCUUUGGGCCUGGAUGUGGUUCCCAUUUGAAGGUCGGGGGCCUCGUGGGAAUCCGGUUUUCGAGCCGGAUCUGCCGCAGAUGUGAAUUCUGUCUCGCAGGAACGGAGCAAUACUGUGUCAAGAGCACUAAUCAUUUGCACCAUGAGGAUGGAAGUUUCCAAGAGUAUAUUGCGCUCGACGCGGAUUAUUUGACGAUUUUGCCGGAUGAUGUUGAUCCGGCGGUUAUUGGGCCGGUGCUAUGUGCAGGUGUUACGGCCUAUAAGGCGGUACUGAAUGCAAAUGUUAAAGCGGGACACUGGCUGGUAGUCGUUGGGGCUGGAGGUGGACUUGGACAUUUGGCUGUCCAAUAUGCAAAAGCCCAAGGAGCGCUGGUCAUUGGCGUUGAUGUUGCGGACAAACGAGACUUUAUCCUUAACCUUGGAGCUACUGAAUUUAUUGAUUUUACCUCCACGGACCCUGUCCAGCGUGUUCACGAAAUCACCGGACUUGGGGCACAUGCAGUUGUCGUUACCGCAGGAAGCGCAAAAGCCUUUGCUCACGCGUGCGAGAUGCUGCGUGUUGGCGGUGCGCUGAGCUGCGUUGGGAUCCCUCCAGGUCGGCCGGCGUUGGAAACACCUAUCUGCACCAUUGUGAUCAAAGGACUUAGGAUUACAGGGAAUCUUGUAGGUUCAUUGAAGGAAUGCAUGGAGGCUGUCGAUCUGGUUCGCCGAGGCGUGGUAAAGCCAGAGAUCAAAGUCCGCAAGUUCAGAGAGUUGCCUCAGGUGUAUGAGGAGAUGGAGAAGGGUGAUAUUGCAGGAAGAAUUGUGCUACAGAUAUCAGAGUAG